GAGAAAGACAGAACGACAGAUCUCUCAGUACAAGCGCUGUAUUUAUUUAUUUAUUUAUUUGUUAUUUAUGCUUUUCUGUUCCGUGCGCGAGCGUUAACGCGCAGAGGUACUGCGGUCAGAUAUGGACCCGGAGACACUCAGCUUUUUUCGGCGGCGUUCACUUUCACGACGCAUUAAAGUUAAAUCAGUAACUUCUUGAACACAAUGGCGUCCUUCAGUCUCCCUUCAGAGGGAUGGCAAGUUCUCGCGGACCUCCGCCGGAUCCUGGGAGACUCGCGCACAAACUUGUAGGCAUGCUGUGGUGUGGUGUGGUGUGCGCUUUCCUCCUGUACUGUAUGCGAUGCUGCGAAUCCGAACUGACAGAAAGUUUCAGCCUGAGUCGCGACGAUGCGCCACUGGGAACGGGACCCGACGGUGAAAGGAACGGGACGGUUAGUGUUGAUGGUGUCGGUGUAGACGGGAGGAGGAGGAGGAAGAGGAGCGCGGGAGACCGCGCGGUUGUGGACGGCACGAUUAAGGAGAAAGAGUGGAGGGGCGCGCGCAGGCUUCCGCAUGCGCUCAUCAUCGGCGUGAAGAAAGGCGGCACACGCGCGCUGCUCGAGUUCCUGAGGCUUCACCCGGACAUCCGCGCGCUCGGAGCAGAGCCGCACUUCUUCGACAGGCAUUACGCACGUGGCCUCACCUGGUACAGGAGCAUGAUGCCCAAGGCGCUGGAUGGCCAGAUUGUGAUGGAGAAAACUCCACGUUACUUCGUUACAGCAGAGACACCAGCUCGUGUCCGUGCCAUGUCAAGAGACGUGAAGUUGAUCGUGGUGGUGCGUGACCCCGUGACCCGUGCCAUCUCCGAUUACACUCAGAUCGCCUCCAAGACACCGGGCAUCUCCAGCUUCGAAAGCCUGGCUUUUAAGAACAGAUCGUCAGGUCAGGUGAACUCACUGUGGAGCCCACUGUACAUCGGCUUGUACGCUCAGCAUCUGGAGCACUGGCUCGCUUAUUUCCCACUCUCUCAAAUCCACUUUGUCCACGGCGAGCGUCUCGUUAGUGACCCGGCUUUUGAGCUGGGCCGUGUGCAGGACUUCCUGGGCUUGGAGCGCAUUAUCACGGACAAGCAUUUCUACUUCAACAAGACCAAGGGCUUCCCAUGUCUGAAGAAGGCAGAGGGCAGCGCUGAGCCACACUGCUUGGGCAAAACCAAAGGCAGGACACAUGUGCGUGUCGAACCUGAGGUCGUUCACAACCUCAGGGAUUUCUACCACCCGCACAAUCUGAGGUUCUACCAAAUGACUGGAAUGGACUUCGGGUGGAAGUGAUUUUUAUUUUUUUUUGCUUUCUCAAUCCAGACAUCUCAUUCAUUCAGCACAUGAAACUGUGGAGGGUAUAUUUGCUUUUCUGACUAUAUUUGUGAUACAGUUAGUGAAACUCUGAGUGAGGUAUGAGUUAUGCACUAUUAUCAAGGGUAAAAGAUUAAGUAAACAAGUUUGUAUUUGGCUUUUUUAAAAAAGAAAUGUUUUUCUUAAGGCGUCUCAUGUGUCAGGCUUCAGAAUGACGGAAAAAAAAGGUGAAUAUGAACACUUUAAGAUCACAGCGGA